AUGUCAGACUGCAAAGCUCCUGAUCCCCUUCCACAUGGUACUCAUAGAAAACUAAACGGAACAACAUAUCUUUCUGUGGCUGUGUACACAUGCCUAUCCGGAUACACAUUUUAUGGAAACAAUGCAAGUCAAUGCCUGGCUAAUGCAUCAUGGAGUUUCUUGGAUGCUAAUUGUACGAUAAAAGACUGUGGCGAAGGGGCUUCAUCAGCCAACGCCAACAUAUCUUACCCGAACGGUACGGUGUUCGAGUCGACAGCGCAUGUAAGCUGUAUGGACGGAUACAGAAUAAACGGUAGCCAUGGUAACGACAACGGCACAGAAACAAUUACUUGUACAGAAAAUGGGACAUGGUCGCAAGCUCAUGGUUGCGACAGGAAAGACUGCAGUAACGAAACGCAUGCAGUGAACGCUGAUGUGGAUUUUGUGACCGGGACUUUGUUUGAAUCUGUCGCUAAUGUCAGCUGCAUUCUGGGAUACAAGAUAAACGGAACUGAAGGGAAUGACAAUAUUACAACCACCAUUCAGUGUAUGUCCACCGGGAACUGGUCAGGGGCGCCUGUGUGCGUUAUAAAGGAUUGUGGUUACAUAACGACAUCAUACGCUAACAUAACAUUCGGUGAUACCCACUACAAUGAGAACGCGACAGUUUCCUGUGAUAAAGGGUAUAAAGUCAAUCUGACCUCUGGCAACAAUGUCACGGAGGAGACAAUUACUUGUCUUUCUGAUGGUUAUUGGUCAAACCCGAGCGGUUGUGUGAAAAAAGAUUGCGGGAAAAAUAUUUCUGUGGACAAUGCAAACAUUUCUUUUUUACAAACCACAUUGUAUACAAGUAAUGCAAGCGUCACAUGCUUACAAGGCCAUCGUUUGAAGGGUUACAGUAAUAACACUGCAACAUCGGAAGUUAUUCAAUGUAGAGACUCUGGUGUGUGGUCGUCACCAAGAGGUUGCGAAAGAAAAGAUUGUGGUAGAAACAUUACAACACAGAAUGCUAAUGUUACGUUUCGAGAUACCCACUACAAUGAGGACGCGACAGUUUCCUGUGAUAAAGGGUAUAAAGUCAAUCUGACAUCUGGGAACAAUGUCAUGGAGGAGACGAUAACUUGCAACGUUGAUGGCUAUUGGACAACCCCGAGCGGUUGUGUAAAGAAAGAUUGUGGUAUGAACAUAUCGGUGGAAAAUGCGGAAAACAUUACUUUUCAAAACUCGACAUUGUUUCAAUAUAAUGCAACCAUCAUCUGCAAGCAAGGUUACCGUUUGAAGGGUAAAAACAAUAACAAUUCAACCACGGAAGUUAUUCGAUGUGUGGACACUGGCUUAUGGACGUCGCCAAGCGGUUGCGAAGAAAGAGACUGUCGGGACCCACCUACUUCCAAUCACAGUUCAAGGCAAUAUAAUUCUACAACGUACGGGAGUAAGGCUAUUUUCAAGUGUGACAGUGGAUAUCACACAGGGAACAACAAAACUCUUACCUGUAACAGUUCCGGACAUUGGAACACAACCGUACCUAAUUGUACAGAUAUUGACGAGUGUACCGAAAAGAACACGUGCCACCGUAACGCCAAUUGCACAAACAACAUCGGAAGCUACAUGUGUCUUUGCAAGAAUGGAUAUGACGACAUGGCCACUUCAAACUCGUAUGAUUCUAUCGGCCGGGACUGCCAAGACCACAACGAGUGUCUAGACCCUAAAGGCACCCACUGCAUGUACAGCCGAAACCAGACUCAAUGGUGCACGAACCUGGAUCCCGGCUAUUACUGCAGGUGUAAUCCUGGAUGGAAGGGAACCAACUGUGAAACAAAUGUAGAUGAGUGCACUGAAGUGACCCAGCCGUGCGGCCACAAUGCCACGUGCAAAGAUGGUUAUGGAACCUACUACUGCAAAUGUGACAGGAAUUUCCCCCAAGGAGAUCCAUUUGUUGGAUGCUUCAAACCGGUCAUGUUGGACUUCGAAAAGACGCAUGAAGUAUGUGCCCAUGGUGAUAACGAAAUUUUGGACCCCAUAAAUAUUCCAUAUGGUCGUUUCCCAUAUCUCGGAAAGUACUUUGACGUAUUCCGGCCGAAUUUGAAUGGAUUCCUUGCCCUAAACUAUCCGCCAUUGUAUGAGCGAUACGGCGCCGAGAAUUCCACAUUGUGGGAGAAAUACGUGGACAACCACAUUGUAAUUGCUCCUCUAUGGACAAACAUUGACACUCGCAACAUAACGGGCGCCGGACUGUGCGUUCACGUUCUGUCAAACAAGACUGCAGACGCAAAGGACAUGAAGAAAAUUGAGGAUUUAGUGCAGCAAUACACUAACCGGUCAGACUUCAGCGUGAAUGUUGCCAUAGCAUUGACCUGGAGAAAUGCCACCAUACACUCACCCUACAUGCCGGGAUAUGAGCUUUUUAAACAGCAGAACCUGUCGAUGCAGGCAAUUGUAGUAACGGAUAGUCUGUACACGUUUCUGCUGUUUAACUAUGAUCAAGAGCAGUUCAGUAUCCAACCCGACAGCUAUACGCCAGUUGCCGCUGGAUAUACCUAUCCCGGGAACUUUUCCGGCAAAAUUCUUGCCAACAGGAGCAACUUCACGAACCUUAAGAACGGCUCGAAUGUCUCCCCAGCUGUCAAAGGCCGUUGGCUGCAUAACGUCACGUACAUCACUGACGACAUGUGGGACGAAGUGAGAUGCCGGAAGUUCCACGAGAACCAAGACUUGAAAAGAUGGACACGAGAACAGCUUAAAAACUCAUAUCCGUGUCCUUGUUACGAACAAGACAUGAAAGAGGACUACACCUUCAAACAAAAUGACAGUCUUUGGACGAACAGGGACCAGUAUACCCACUGUUACGAGUCUUGGUUCUUCAAUCCAUACGACAUCAAACAGCGCUGCUGCUAUCGAUUCGGCGAAUUGCGUAAGGAAUAUCCCUUCGCAAUAGGAGCCGAGUACAAUAACCUUAAUAAUUUGAUUCUGGAGGCCGGUUUUCGACAGUGCUGCUCAGCGGUAAACAGCCAGCGGUACUGUCACCUUUACUAUGACGUCAACCCGCCCGACGACUGUUCAAGCUGGUCCCCCGACGACGAAGGCGUUGUAAAACGCGCUGUUCGCAAAGUCAUGGAAUUUGUUGGACUGUCUAAGGCAUAGUCUUUCUGAAUACAGACUAUAAAGUUUGUAUGCGUGGACAUUUAAUUAUAUUAUAAAAGUCAUGAAUAUUUGUGAAUAUUAUAUUAAAACUGACUUGUGUUGUAAAUAUGUUAUACGAUGUUUAAAAAUAUAGUGUUUUCUUUAAUUGGAUGACAAUUUCAGCGAUACCCAAGGCCAAUUAUGUUUGGCAAAUGCUAAAGACAAAUAACCUUUAAUCUUUUUUAAAGGAUAAAGCUUGUGAUAUUUACAAAUUCGCUAAUGGUUUCGACAAUGUUUGUAUAAUGCUUUUGAUGAAUGUGUAUGCUCGUUCGUGUUUUUUUUAAUUAUGCUUUGUUUUUAAAGUAUGCUUUGUAAAUAAAUGUGAUUUAUGUUUUUGA